AAGGAGAGUACGCAUGGCUCGCUAGCUAGCUUAGCUAACGUUCUUUAGCCCUGUCAUGUAGCUAAUAAACUUCGUAUGAAUCAAAUACUAGCUCAUCAUUACGCUCACUUGGUGUCAUACUCAAGGUGAGUUGCUCUCGUGCUUGCAUUGCAGAGAAAACUAGCUAGCUUGUUUGCUAACAGCUAGCUAGUUAGUUAUACCUGCCUGGCUAGCUACAUCUGAAAGGUUGUAUGCAUUGGUGGAAUGCAUCUAGCUAGCAACCGGGUACUUUCAAAGGUUACAAAUAGAUGACCAUUGGAUAAUGUCAUCGUUUUAUGAUUUAUUGCAUUGCCUAACACAAUAAGGGUCAUGCUGUUAGUUUACUUAGCUAGUUUUAAAUAUUUCUUGCUGACCUUGGGGUUAUUUCCUCAUAUAAUCUAUUUUUAUACUGAACAAAAAUAUAAACACAACGAUUUUACUGAGUUACAGUCCAUACAAGGAAAUCAGUCAAUUGAAAUAAAUAAAUUAGGCCCUAAUCUAUGGAUUUCACAUGACUGGGCAGGGGCGCAGCCAUGAGUGGGCAUGGGCCCACCCACUGGGGAGCCAGGCCCAGCCAAUCAGAAUGAGUUUUUCCCCACAAAAAGGGCUUUAUUACAGACAUAAAUACUCAUCAGUUUCAUCAGCUGUCUGGGUGGCUUGUCUCAGACAAUCCCGCAUGUGAAGAAGCUGGAUGUGGAGUUCCAUUGUCGUGUGAAGGCCGGUUGGUCGUACUGCCAACUUCUUAUGGUUGAGAAAUGAACAUUAAAUUCUCUAGCAACAGCUUUGGUGGACAUUCCUGCAGUCAGCAGGCCAAUUGCACGCUCCCUCAACUUGACACAUCUGUGGCAUUGUGUUGUGUGACAAAACUGCACAUUUGUGGCCUUUUAUUGUCCUCAGCACAAGGUGCUGUGUAAUGAUCAUGCUGUUUUGUCAGGUUCUUUAUAUGCCACACCUGUCAGGUGGAUGGAUUAUCUUGGUAAAUGAGAAAUUCUCACUAACAGGGAUGUAAACAACUUUGUGCACAAAAUUGGAGAGAAAUAAGCAUUUUGUGCUUAUGGAACAUUUCUGGGAUCUUUUAUUUCAGCUCAUGAAACAUGGGACCAACACUUUACAAGUUGUGUUUAUAUUUUUGUUCAGUAUAUGUAAAACAAGUCCUUGAUUUUUCUCAUAUUUCUAGGAUAUUGACACCAGUCUACUACAAUGGAAGUCCUAAUGCAUCACCUUCGGCAGAGAGUCUUACCCCACCUGCCCAGAGCCUUUAUCACUCCUUGUAAGAGCCAUUCAAGCUGUGCUGCUGGAAAUGCCCCAAAGCCAACCCCCACUGACUCCACCUCCCGACCUAGCACACCCCUUCCCCUAGUCUCCCGUCUCUUCCAGCCCUCCAACCUGCGUGAUCUGGGUCAGGAGAGUCGUGCUCAGGGGGAGAUGACCUGCAAGAGCCAGAGACUGAUGCAGCAGGCAGGUCUCAUCCACCCUUCCAACCCUGGCUGUUACUACUUCCUCCCAGCCACAGUGCGCUCCAUGGAGAAGCUGGUGAGGCUGAUCGACCAGGAGAUGCAGAGGAUUGGUGGGCAGAAGCUGGACAUGCCCAGCCUGUGCUCUGCGGAGCUGUGGAGACGCAGCGAGCGCUGGGACCUGAUGGGAAAAGAGCUGUUCCGCCUGAGGGACCGCCACGGAGCUGAGUACUGCCUGGGCCCCACCCAUGAGGAGGCAGUGACAGAGCUGCUAGCCUCCCAGGGAACCCUGUCCUACAGACAGCUGCCUCUAAUGCUCUACCAGGUAUAGGCUACAGUAUGGCACCACAUUCAACCUUAUUCAUUAGUUUAUUCAGAGUGAGGCUUCUUUCUUCUCAUCAUACACUUGGGUUUAUAUUAUAAUGGUAUUAAACUGAUGCGUGUUUCAUUUGUCUAUGCAGAUCACCCGCAAGUUCCGUGAUGAGCCAAAGCCUCGGUUCGGGCUGCUACGGGGGCGGGAGUUCUACAUGAAGGACAUGUACACGUUUGAUGUGAGUGAGGAGGCUGCCUACCACACGUAUGAGUCUGUAUGUCAGGCUUACAACCGCCUCUUCUCCCGGCUGGGCCUGCACAUUGUCCAGGUCCAGGCAGACACAGGGAACAUCGGAGGUAAACUCUCCCACGAGUUCCAGCUCCCAGCAGACAUCGGAGAGGACAGACUACUGGUCUGUGGGAGCUGCUCCUUCUCUGCCAAUGUGGAGACCAUGGAACCAGGCCGGACUGACUGCCCACAGUGCCAGGCAGGCACACUGGUGGAGUCCAAGGGCAUAGAGGUGGGUCAUACAUUCUACCUUGGCACCAAGUACUCCCACAUAUUCAACGCCACCUUCAACAACACCCAGAACAAGCCUGCUGUCACUGAGAUGGGCUGCUUUGGGCUGGGGGUGACCCGGAUCCUCGCUGCCGCCAUAGAGGUGAUGUCCACGGAGGAGGCUAUCCACUGGCCUGGGCUGCUUGCCCCCUACCAGGUCUGUGUUCUGCCACCUAAAAGGGGCAGUAAGGUGGAUGAGGUGGCUGGUUUAGCUGAGGAGCUGGCCCUCUUUCUGGGGGAGGCUUUGCCCAGCCUAAGAGGUGAGGUGGUUCUGGAUGACCGUACACAGAUGACCAUUGGUAAGAGACUGAAGGAUGCCAGUCGGCUUGGAUACCCCUAUGUGGUGGCAGUGGGGCAGAAGGCUACAGAGGAGACACCCAGGUUUGAGGUGAUCUGUCAGCAGACUGGUGAGACUAUGUUCCUCAGUAAGGAUGGGCUGGUAGACCUACUCAGACGAGUGGAGACGGUCUGAGUUGGACCGUUCUUGACCAGGAACGGGACUAAACUACUGAACUCCAUGGAACUCUAUUGCUCCUCUGAAAUGGGCAUGCUUGUGGUUGGGUGGGAUGAUAAGCAGUAAAGAGGCUACUAAGACCAAUCUAAGUCUGAUGCAAACUGAGCUGGACUGAACUGAAAUGUAUUAUUACACUGAGAUGAACAUGCAUGUCUGGGGUAGGGAGGAAGUAGCCCUUGAUCAUGACUCUCA